AUGCACGGAACGACGUCAAUUAACAGCGUCCAUGCGUAUGGGGCGUGUUUCGAAAUAUACAACGAGGACCUCCGGCUGAGAGAACGAUAUCUCAAAUUCAAUGUCCCGGCUCUACAGCACACCAUUGCAUCUGCCCUUGGUGCGUCCAGCGUUAGCUUGUUCGCAAAAGUCGCCGAAGGAGGAUUCAAUCGACUGUUUGAAGCGACCUGCAGCGAUGGACGACGCGUGCUCGCCCGCCUACCCUACCCCUCGACGGUCCCGAAACACUAUACCACAGCCAGCGAAGUGGCUACUCUGGAGUACCUGCGGUUGAAUGGAUUCCCCGUUCCAAGGGUGCAUGCAUGGUCCUCGACGACCGACAAUGCCGUCGGCGCGGAGUAUAUCAUCAUGGAGAGGCUGCACAGGACGCCAUUUGGUGACGUGUGGUACAUUCUUGACUUCAAGCAGCGCUACAAGGUCAUCGAGCAGAUCGUCCGGCUGGAGCGCAAGCUCUUCGACUUGCAGAUUCCUGCCAGCGGCAGUAUCUAUUUCCCGGGGAUUUUGAAUGAGCACGAGCGAGCGCAGGCCGUUCCGCUUCGCACCCAAGACGGCGAAUUCUGCAUCGGCCCGGUGGCCCAUCACAGCUGGUGGAGCGGAGAGAGAAUGACCGUGUCUGACUUUCCAUGGUCUGAGUCCAGCGCGAUAUUCCCCGCUGUCGGGGAACGGGAACUGCAGUGGACGAAAACAUUCGCGAAGCAGCGCCUCCACUACGAACGGUCGUAUCGCGAACUGCACGGCUUCAAGAAAAUGCACCCCCAAGUACAUCUCCAUGCGCUCGAAAAGUACCUGCAGCUAGCGAAUUGCCUGGGCUAUCCGCAGGGAAGCAACCUGAACCGCCCUGUCUUACGACAUCUGGACCUCCAGCCGAAUAAUAUCCUGCUCUCAGACUCGCUCGACGUCUAUGGCCUCGUAGACUGGCAACACACUACGAUCAUGCCCCUCUGUCUUGCCGCCAGCAUGCCCAAGUACUUUCAGAACUACGGCGACCCCGAGUCGGACCGGAUGGCAAAGCCUGCCCGUGACCUUCCGGCGGACUUCGAGGGCAUGAGUCCAGCCGAACAAGCAUCCGUGCAAGCACGGCAUCUCAAGCGUCACAACCACUUCCUAUACGCUGCGCUGACUCUCCGCCACAACCCGGAGCACUAUGAUGCCAUCUUUAACGAUGGCGUGAUCCGCCACCAGCGUCUGUAUGUGCACGCGGGGACCCCGUGGGAAGGCGACUCUAUCACGCUGGAAGCCGAGCUUAUCGGUGCCAUCGCUCAUUGGCAGGAGGUGCUGCGUUCUGGGUGUCGUAAAUGUGAUGUCCCUCCGAUACAGUACUCGAAAGAGUCGGCGGCGUCUAUUAUGCAGCUGUAUCGUGAGCAGCAGGAAAUGGAUGUGGUCAUGCAUGAUUUGAGAGAGAUGCUGGAUGUAGAUGUGUAUGGCUGGGUUCCGAAUGAAGCGUACGCGGAGACUCGAGAGCUUGCUCGGACGAUCAAGGAGCAGAUGGUUGACGGUGCAGAGGCGGACGAGAAAGAAAGAGUUAGGGAUAAUUUUCCUUUUGAUGAUUUUGAUGAGGGUGCGUAA